AUGUUUAAUACCAGAUGCCAGUUUUGCCAGAGACACUGUGUGAGUUCUCCACAAAGGAAAGCAAGCAUGUCUCUGCACAGGCUGACGGUGUAUUUGUCCACAGCAAGCAUGUUUUGCUUCAUGAUAGGAAUGAACCUCAUGAUCUGGGUUCUGGGUUUCAUUUCACCAAGUCUCACCAAGAAGAUCAUUCUCAAAAUGGGUGAAAGGAUCACGAUGACCCAGAAUACCAACUUCAAGUAUGAAGAUUGGGGUAUGACAUUUGGCUCUAUUGAGUUCAUUAAAACAGUCUGCAAACACAUGUGGAUGUCGCUCGGACAAGAUGCGUUUGAGGGCGGAGAAGCUCCGGACACACCUGUUGUCAACAUGGAGGGAAAGAAAACAAGUAUCUGCAAGUACUUGAAAGACAACAGACCUCUGGUGUUGAGUUUCGGAAGCUGCACCUGACCCCCGUUUAUCUACAAACUUGAGGAGUUCAAGCAACUCGUCAAGGACUUCCAGGAUGUAGCUGACUUUAUUGUGGUCUACAUCGCCGAGGCUCAUUCAACAGAUGGUUGGGCCUUUGCCAACAACAUUGACAUCAACCAGCACCAGAACCUGGAGGACAGGCUGUCUGCAGCAAAGAUCUUGGUUCAGAAGGAGCCCCUGUGUCCCGUUGUCGUGGACGACAUGAGUGACAUGUCUGCCAUAAAGUAUGGCGCUCUGCCUGAGAGGCUCUACGUGCUGCAGGCUGGGAAAGUUGUCUACAAGGGGGCCGUGGGGCCUUGGGGUUACUAUCCACAGGAGGUGCGUUCGUUCCUGGAGAAGAUGAAAUAAGAAGGUUGUUCAUGUAUUUGCCAUCCGUCCAGUCUCAUUUGUAGGGGUUUGUGUUUGUUCAGCAGGUGAUGGAUAUAACACAAAACCAAAUUAUUAUUUUUUUUAAAUCAAGAUUCAAAUAAAUGAACUGCUAAAUCUACAUGUUUUAUAGCUGUAGAAACAUUAUCCGAACUUGCACUAAUAUUGCCUCAAGGCUCUCCUGUACUUUUGGAGGGAAAAACAUUCUCCUACUGUCAAUCUCUGAGCUUGAACUCUCCUCUCAGUGCUUCUUAGUGACGGCUGCAGAUUAAACCGUUGGCCUCUGCAGCCAGAUGAAGUGAAACACAGAGAGACAGUCCGGUGAAGCGUUUGUGUUGGAGACGUCCCAAAACGUACAGGAUAUGUCGACCAAAAAUGUCUUUAAUUCUAAGAUUUAAAAGAUCUUAGACUUUUAAGUCAAUGAGAGCACUUGUUUUCCACUUCUCUUGCAGGUUCAGUUAUCAUCAAGUUCAUCAUUAACAUUGUAAGCUGAUUAAUUAUUAAGGUUUUUUUUGUCAACGAAUGCUCCGAGGUAAUUUAGCAGGAGGAUGUUUUUUUUAUAUGAUGAUUACAGUGCAAACCCUUUGGUAACUGUAAUCUGAUGGAUUACUUGAAAAACAGCCUUCUCUGGAUUAUGUAGGAGCAUUUAUGAUGAGACAUGGAAUGUUUGCAUUAUAGUACAAUAAAGAACAACCUGGGAAGAAGUCUCCUGCAUGAA